ACUAUAGGCAUGAUUUCUGACAAUGCGGGCUUAUGCUCUGAGCGCUACUGGUGUGGUCAUCCCUCAGUCGAAAUGGUAGAUGGACGCAUAUACUUUUACACACCAGAAGAAAGCUUAAGGAGGUUAAAGCUUUUUCGUGACAAUACUUAUUUUGCACCUAAAGUUAAUGCUGGUGCAAAACUAUCUAAAAAUUUAAAAUGGGAUAACAUCAAUGGAGAUGAUAGUAAUGGAAAAAUGACAUUGUUAUCUGAAAAGGGUGAAACACACAUAGUUGUACUCUUAGUUUCGAAUGUUCCCUAUCAUAUGUCACCCGCAGAAUUAUGUGAAUUCCUCAUGGGACAACAAGGCUGUACUUCUUGGUCUGCAAAAAAUACGGGCGUGGAACUAAUCAAGACUCUCUACAGUCCUUCAACACCUAGUUAUUUUUGCUUAUUAUUUUGUUAUGUUGAAACUGUGUAUUCAUUGUUUCAUGCUCUUUUCAAUAAACCGUAUAAUCCUCUAGAGCCCAAUAAAUGUUGCUUACAUAUUGUUGAAAAUUUAACUGCGGAACUAUCAUCUAACGAUAUUCCGUUAAAUAUGCGUUUAAUUCCCCCUCAAAAAAACUCUAAAUGUUCAUUCGACUACCACGAACCACACAUUACCGGUUUUCAUAAUACUACCACUAACGUUUUAGAAAAUUUCCAUGUGACGAAUUCUGAUAGUAAGCGUUCGCUUACAAUUCCUGACAAAACAUAUACAAUUGAUGAAUUACCCGAAUGUGCUUUAUCAGCGAACGAAUGUUCACAUAGUGAUAAAGUAACAAAUAUUCCAACUUCAUAUUCACAAAAAAGUUUAGAAUUUGUCAGUGAUAAGUUGGAAAAAAAUGAUGAAGCGUUUGAAAAUGUACAAUCACUUUAUAAUGAAUCUCAAUACUAUACCCGAUAUUUCCCAUUUUCAGAAAAUUAUAGAACAAUGUCAUACGACUGUAGUCUUAAUAAAGAAAAAAAUGAUAUUUUACAAGAAUUCAAAGAAUCACGAUGCCAAAUGACUUACAGAAGAAAGCCUUUAAUACGCUCAAAAUCGCAACCACUUUACAAAAGUUAUAGUACAAGCGAAUUUGCAAUGAAAUCUACACCCACCCGUUAUUCCAAUGAAACUUUAACGGACUUUCACAAACUAAAUUAUAAAUCUAGUUUGUUGCAAUCAGACAUAGAGCAGCUUCAAUCAGAUAACGUUUCGCAAUCAGCAAAAGAAGUUGUCGCAGAGACUUCAGCGUAUCAUUGGGUCUCCCCCUUUUUUUUGAUUAAUCGUUAUGAGUCGACUGCUUAUUGCGGAGUUUGUUUAGAAAAAAUUUUUUUAUCUUCUGCUGUAUCAGCUAUAAAUUUUCCCAAUAAUAACAAUAUCUUAAUUAAGGUUUACAAAUCUUUAACAUCUACCGUUCACACAAACCGAGUCAAGAACGUGCUUGUGAAUGUUUUAUGUGGCCACACAUUUCAUGGAGAGUGCUUGCUCAAUUGGUUUGAUGCUACCUGUCCAUAUUGUCGAUACCAACAAUAUCCGUGUAAACCUUCUAGCUGUGAUAUUUGUGGUCAAUGUCGUGAUAUUAAAAUGUGUUUGAUAUGCGGUUUUUUGGGGUGUGAUUCCAUAAACCCUUCCGACAGAAGCUUUUUUCCUACAAUGAACCGUUUUUUAGAAGAUCAUCACGGUGCUUUGUUUAGAGAAGCCACUACGUUUCACGCCUACCAGCAUUUCGUAGAUUUUCAUCAUGUGUAUGCUAUUGAAAUUGAAACUCAACGCGUCUGGGAUUUUAGUCGUAAAUUAUAUGUUCAUCGCCUUCUACAAAGUAGAACAGAUGGAAAGCUUGUUGAAUUUUGCCCUCCAACACUUAACAUACAAACAGAAACAAAAAACCUAUCUAGCUUUUCGUUAAACAAUACCCAUUCGCAACGCGAGCGGCAAUCAUGUACACCCUUUGAAGAAGGUGAUAUGACGGACGCUAAUCAUGUUAGCUAUGCUUUAUCUGAGGAUUUCAAUACUCGUCUUUCUCAGAAAUUAAAUGAACAACAAGACUAUUUUUCGGAAUUGUUACAAGAUAUGAAUAUAAUAUUUGACGAUAUAGAUAAAGAUAUUGAUACAAGGCAGAAAACGUUGAGGGAAGAAAUUCGAUCAGUCAAGCAAGAACUUCAUCACUUAAACGACAUGUUGAAACUUGAAGAAGCUAAAGAGUAUGAUUUAUUGCGAGAAAAAAAAACCUUAAUAACUGAAAAAGGAAAUUUAUUAAGUCUUAAUAAUCAACUAACUAAAAAAUUUCAGAAACUUCAAAAAGGACAUUCACAUAAUUUAGAAUGUCAAAUAAAAAAAACAAAUGAUGAUAACCAGCGCCUGCAAGAACUUAAUCUUGAAAUUCAAAGUUUGGAAUUUCAUAUCAAAACUCAAGAAGAAUUAGUUCGUACGGGUUUUAUACAACCCACUUCUUUAAUCCUUAGCUAUUCUCGAAUUAAACUAGUUUUUCCAAAAAAAAAAAAAAAAGAUUUCGUUAAUAACAUGGUAUUUAAUCCGUUUAUGUAAU